CGUCGUUAUCAGGCAGCGUGGCCUAUACAAACUGAGCGCGCCUUGGGCAAAAUAUUGAAUAUUCGGCCGCCAACACACAGCACUGCCGGAUUGUGCUUCGAUAUGAAUAUAUAUUGCCCGUCCUCUGGCAACGACAGUUGCUUCACCACUUCGUCACAUUCCGCGGUCAUGGUCGAGGCCCUCGACGUGCUCGAGCAUGUCAACGUCGUCUUGGCCGUCAUCCUCUGCAUGAGCGUCGUCGUCUACCACCGCUGCAUGCAGCAAACGCUUGCCCGGCCGCCGGUCGUGGCUGCUUCGACCGACAAGCCAUGCACCGAGCGCGAUCACCGCCGCCGGACGCCAUCGAUCGAGGACUGGGACGUCUUGAACCACGUCAUUGACGACCUUCUCCUCGGGUGCGAUGCGCCGUCGCAGCACGCCGAGCCGCUCCCGCUCGUCGGCGAAAGUCUCGCGCUCGCCAUGUACGCCGCCUACCACAUCUCGUCCGUCGGCGUCUUUGGCCCGCCCACCGCCACCCACUAGCUAGCUUCCUCCUCUUCUCGUCCUCCACGUACUGCCUCGUAACCCAUGUCAAUGUCAAGGUCGUGUUAUCUCGCA